GCGGCGGUGAAUUGGGUCAGCUGAGCGCGGUGGGCGGCGACCUGCGCCCGCGCCGCCCGACUCUACUGCACUCGUCAUUACAAGCUUUAUGACUAAAAUUACCGAAUUAUGAACCAACGACUGUUCAAUAAUCGCUAGCAACAGUACAAGAGACUGGAUGUCGAUCCAGAAUAACUUGCGAAAGCUUUAGCAGCACUCGAGGUUUCAGCUCGCACUUUUGAAACUGCUCUGAAAAAUAAAACAUAGCGCACGUUUAUCUACGAAAAAAUAAUACUGCUUAUUAAAUUUUUCAGUCAAAAUAUUUAUUUUUUAAUACAGAAAAUCUCCAUUUAUCAUUUCAUAUUCUCCGGCUCACCGUAGAAUAUUUACCCACAUAAAUAUAUACAUUAGACAGGGAAAUAUACGAGUCAAAGCUCAAAACAGUCUUUUCCCACGAUUAAAAGAAUAUUUAUGUUGUAUUCUAUCGAAAUCCGUAGAUUGUACAGCGAAUAGUUUGGCUUUUGAAAUGUUGCCAAUAACAGCACUCCAUAACAUCUUCUGAUAAAAAAAAACAGCGUAUUCCUUAACUCAUGCCGUUCAAUAUUUACUUAAUUAUAAAAUUCUCGUGAAAAUUUCUCUAUUUCGUAGCAUUAAGUAAUUUAUGGACGUAUAACCAAGCAGCGCUGCCGCUGGACGGCCGUGAAGCAAUUAAAUAAUGUUAUUCAAAUAAACCGCUUAAUUGAUAUAAUUCCAGGAUUUACGAGCGCGAGUCGAAAUAAAACUGUGCUCCGUGCGGCGACUGGACGCAAGCUAUAAGUGACAGCGACAAAAUACUUCGCCGCGACAAACAUUUCAGCUCUGAAUUGUAGAGCUGACGCAUUUUGACGUAAUCAUGAAAAAAGUAAGAAAAUGAGACUGUUUUGUGUAGAGACAGACAUAAUUAACGUUUUCCUUGUGCGUGAUUUCUUGAAAUAGUACGUGCUGCGGCGGUCGUGCGGUAUUCUGGGUGAUAAUUAAAUGCGUUCCGGACAUUUCCUCAUAUUGCCAAAAUUCCUUUUCUUUCUGUGUUCAUGUCUUUGAUAGAUGAAGAUGAAGUUAUCAACACUUAGGGCUAUUUUAAAUUAUCCGUUAUUGUGACGUUCGAAUAGUUUCAUCAAGUCGAGUAAACUGUCAAUUCGAUUGAUGACUAUAAAUUAGAAAAUAAUUCGAGAGAGGUGAGCUGCACGAGGGCGCGUUGGAUCUGAAAGUCGUUAAUUUUAAACGUUUUUAACGUUCGUUCGUUAAAGUGAAAAUAUUUGACGUGUGCUAAUUACCUCAUUUAACUUUUAAAAUUUAGCCUAAGAAUUCAAGAUUACUUUUCCUUAAACAGAAUCUAGAAUACAUUAAACGUGGGUAUUUGUAAAUAUUUUUUCAGGCUAGAAUUGAUACUUUUUAGCAACGGUUUCGGUGAUUCCUGUAUGAGAAUACCAUAUAAGGCAGGCUAGUGACGACAGGCGGCAGGUAAUGCAUCCCCGAUUAGUGAGCGAUUAUAACGCAACGGAAGCGGCUGAAAUUAGCUGCGCGCGCAUCGGGCGGACGGGGCCGGUGCCAGGCGGGCCGCGCCGAAACUAAAUACCCAAAAGCGUUUGUGAUCGCGCGAGCGGCUGCCAAAUAUGGCACGAAUCUCGGGUUUCGCGAAGCGCGCGCGCCGCGGCGCUGGCACAACACCAGCCACUGCAAAAACGUUCUCUGUUCCCGUCUAAAAACACGUAAAAAACGUUUUUAUUUCUGUAGCGAGCGGCCUCUAAAUUUAGGCCGUAUGGAAACCGAAAGUAAUACGAGCGAUUUUGGUUGGGGCCGCGUUGUCUGUAUUUAGAUUAGAGCGGCGCGGGCGCAGUGGCGGCGCAGUGCGCGCCUCGCGAGUCGGGAGUAGCGCCGCGCGACCUCCGCACCGCGCCACCACGCGCACCACGCGCCCCACGCGCACCACAUGCAGCGCCGCGCGAUAACAGUUUAUCAAUGAAAAGUUUCGUGAUAUAAGUGUUACUAUACCAGGAUUUGGAUGUCACAAAUGUUGCCCGAGGGCGGAGUGAUGCGGCGCGUGGCGUGCGGCGACGUGUGUCCCGCGCCGCCCGCGCAGCCUCCCGCGCCGCUCGCGGUGCAAAGGAUAUCAGAAAACAAAGAGUUGCUGCGUCAGCAGUUAUUGUCUGCGAGUAAGGAGCGCCUUGAAAAACAAGAAUCGCCAAAACCAAAGCACGCUCGAAACCGGCAGAAGAACAGAUGGAAGCUCAAGUUCCACCACCAGGCGCUGCCGCAGGAAUACCUCGACCACUACGAGCAGAGCCUGCAGAAGGCCAACGCCGCUAAGCAAGCGCAGCAAAAACAGAAGCCCCCGGAGAAACCCAAACAAGAACCAAAUUUUGACAUCAAUAACUUCACAAACGAAACUUUCAAAAUCUGGGCGCAAAGACUCGCGGGCAUUCAGAAUGAGACGGGAACGUUGACUGUUCCUCAAGUCUCCUCCAUGCUCAAUAUGGCAGCUAAGCCUGCCAAUAAGGAAGAAAAGAAGAAGAAGAACCCCGCUAUAGCUCCCAGCAAGAUUGUUACGUAUGAUGACUUGCCUUAUAUGGGGGAAAUGACCCUAAAUAACUCAAAGCCCAGAAGAGGACGCAAGCCGAAAAAGGCCGACAUCUGCCACCUCAUAUACGAGAACUACGGUACGGUGGUGCCCGGGCAGCCGCCGCCCUCACAGGACAGAUUGAAUCAGCUCAACAUGGGCUCAAAUUUCCGGGGUGGCGACCACCCUCCGAUGAGUAGUCCUAAAACAGAUUUGCAAAAUAAAAUUAUAUCAAGCUUAUUAGAACGGAAAUUGUCGCAAGAGAAUAAAAAACGACUGGAAUCUCUAACCCCUCCAAAGUUUUCGAGUCCGGACGAACCGAUGCCCGAGGCGCCGGUCACCAUCGCUGGGCCCCUGCACAGCGACGAUGAACCUCUUAACCUCUGCAUCAGAGACCUCCACGACUUGAAGAUACAGAUACAGAAGAAAUUUGGAAACAUUUAUUCUUCCUUACCCGAAGUAAAGACUGAAGUAGAAACUGAUACCUCAGAGCAGGAAGCGGCCAAAGCCGAGCAGCCUCCCAACGCCAUCUCAGUGAUCCAGCGGAACACGAACCUGUCCCCGGCCACCGCCAGCAGCUCGCCCGAGCCGGCCCGCGCGCGGCCGCCCUCCCCCGCGCUGUCGGAGCCCGCUACCCCUGCUGCCGACAAGCUGCCCGGCUACGUGUACUGGCCCAACGCCGGCAUCUACAUGCACCCGCUCGCCCUGCAGACGCAGCUGCUCUACUACCAGAGGCUGGCCGCCGCGGGGCAGCUGCCCUUCUCGCCGGACGGAGAGAACCGGGGACCCUCAACACCAAAUAGUGUCAGUGAAGUGUCAGAAAACUCUUCCACUGUAGACGAUAAUAAAAAUAAAUUAGUGCUUAAGCAAAUUUCAGAACUAUUAGACCCUAAAGUAAUUAAACAAGUAGAAGAAGCGAAGCGGAGCCCGGAUCAAACUAAAAUGAAGCGCGCGUCUCCCAACCCCGUGCAGGGUCCGGUCAAAAGGAAACGCUCGGCCAUAUUUAUCCCGCCGAUGCCUACCAAGACUAACUCCACUACACCCACUACUGAAGUCAGCAUUUGUAAAUUUAAGUUCACGGGUGGUUCCAAACCGUCACUACAAGAGAAGAAGAUGCUUUCAGUUGAUUCAGGAGGCAACUUUAGGUACUACAGCGGUACGGGAAAUAAAGGUAAUAAAGGAUACGAAUACUUGCAGAGGGACUCAAAUCAAGGUAGAAACAUAGAAGCAGCAGGAGAAUCGUCAGCGGCUCAGCCAAAACUAGAAAGCCAAAGCCCGGCGCAAAGCAAAGAGGAUUUGAGUAAAAAGAAAAGGAAAUCUCGGAAAAGUCUCCAGCGGGAGAAGCUAGAACAAACUUUUAAAGAAAAGGGGUUUCUAAUUCAAACGCAGCAGCUACAGUCCGCAGAGGGCGCCACUUACUGCAAGUUUAGGCAGCUCCGGAAGUUUACUAGGUAUCUGUUCAGGAGCUGGAAAGAUUACCUUCCUGGGGAGCUGGAGGAGAACCAGAACGCGGAAGCGAGUGAGAAGCAACCCUCACCCGCGAGCACCGACACCGCGGCGGCGGGGGAGUGGGGCUGACCGCUACGGAACACAUUUGGCCAAAGAUAUAAUUCGUAAGUUGCCCUCCGGCCCGUGUCGACAGCCGCGGAUGGUGUUCAACACGUAAUAAGGCUGACGUUCAGUCACAAAGAUCACGUGGAAUCCUGGGAUUGUAAAUAGUGUAAUGGAGUGAUACGAAGUGUUGGAGAUAAUUAACAAACAUGGCCGCGCCGCGGUCUAUAAUGCAUUUAAUAAUUGUGUUUAGUGAGAUUUUAAAAACUAUUAAUUUGUGUUGUUUUGUUCUCAAUCGCCACUCCGUCCAUAUUAAAAGGUUAUUGUAUUAACUGUACUCUUGCUUCCACCUAAAUUAUUGUUGUUAACUUUUUUGGAAAUGUUUAUUCAACGAAAUUCUAAUUCUUUAUGGAAAGGUUUUUCUGGCUUUAAAUGUCACGAUGUAUGGUAUUGUUAUAUUGUGCUAGUGUGAGUGUAAAAACUGUGCUGUUUAAUGAAGCUAUGCUUUUGUAAUAAAGCCCUCAAAGUGAAUUAAUUAUACAACAUUUCAGUCAGAUUUUAGAAAUCGCCGUUGUGACAGGUUGUGUUGCGAUAAAUGUUGUUAUUUAAAUCUAUAAUUAUACGAUUACUAACAUAACUAGUCACGUGACACCUCUAACGUAGUUAUAAUUUUUAAGGACAAAUCGGCAAUCUGUAAAUAUAUGCGAUCAAGAGGCAUUCUAGUCAUUAAUGUUAAGUUUUAUACAUCGUUGUUAUUAACUGCUGCUGUAAACAAGUUUAAUAUAAUUUUAUUUAAAAUGUUUUUGUAAUUUUAUAAAAAAAAUACAAAUUAUGUAUACAAUAAACUUUAUUGCAAAGAAAAACACUUGAUUCCAUGACAAAAAUAUAAAAGGAAAUGGAAACAGGAAUGUAAUACACCAAUUAAAACAUUUAACAAAAUCUA